UUUGGAUCCUAUGUACCUACUUUCAAAAAUUUUAGUCUUUUCCGAGUUUUACGAAGUAGAGGAAGUCCUUGUCUUUUUUGUGAUUUCGGCAAAUUUUCUUCUCUUAAAAUGUCUGCGUAACCUCUGAAAUAGUAGAGAAGCAGAAAAUGGCUUACGAACAACAAGACGAUGCUGGUGGAAGGUACGAUGAAAAAUCAGCACCACAACUACAUUGUUGCGCGCUCCAAUAUGCUGAAGAGAUGCGCUUCUCGCAACAGCAAACGAAAGUAGUGAUGGAAGUGGAGCAGUAGGAUGCGGCGACCCUUCAUAGAUACCGGCUAAGUUUUGUUUCGUUUCGUUUUCACCGUUUCGUCUUCUCUUUCAAUUUCACUCUCUCCCUCUCAAAUCCUCCUUUCUGAUUUUCGAAGGAUCUUGCCUCAGCCUUCUUUCGAACACUGUCUGACUUUCAGAGGCCUGUCUUGAAUUCUGUUUCUCCUAAUCUUCAACUCUCUUCUUGAUAUACUUCGUUUUUCUGCUACUGCUUACUCUUCGGCUUUCUUCACUUUCUUCAAUCUGCUCCUGUUUGUGUUUCGUUCUAGUUUCGUUUACAAGUUUUUUUGUGCGGAGUCAGCAGUUGUAAAAUCAACGGUGAACUAUGCAGUCAAGAAUUUCGAACUCAAGGCGACGCCAUAAGCGACAUACCAGCGACAUCACCAAGUAAGACCUCAUCAUUAUCACAUUGACGAGGGGAAGACCUUUACGACGACAUACAAGAAUCUACUACAGAUCGACCGCCUCCUGAAGAAAGAGAUACCAUCAAGCUUCACAGCACAAGCUGUCACGGCAGCACAAGGCACGUUUUGCUUCUGCUGCCGUUUUCGUUCUCGUUCACGUUCAUCCACUUCUGUUACGUCAUCUACCACGUAAUUCAACACCAGCACCUUUUUUAGACUGAAAUCAGUACUAGUCGAGAUGAUGCCGGCGCAAGGUCAAUCAGUAUUCGGAUCUGGCGCAGGCGGAUCCUCCAGUUCCACCGCAACGCUUGCUCUAGGUGGCGACCAGCAGGAACUGCACGUGAACCACCAAACCACCAGCUUACAAGAUGUAGUGAACCAAAUCCACCGAAUGCAUGCGCCAAGUGGGCCAAGCGGCGCGCAGCAAGCAACGCAGUGGCUCCUAGCAUGGAGUCAUCAUUGUCCUUGGGAAUCGUUACUGCAGUUGUUGAGCCAUGCAGGAAAUAACAAAGACGUUCUGAGCUUUUUUUUUGCGGCAAAUCUGUUGGCCCAAAAAGCCCAGCAGGGGAAAUCAGCAACGUCCGCUAUCGCAGACCAGAUACUGGAAAUAAUAACAAAGCUAGGCGACGACCAAAAAGUAGUUCGUCGACAACUCUGUGUCGCAUAUGCCGACUUAGCACUCUACGGCCAUGCUAGUCUGGAGAAAGCCGUACAAGCUUUGCAGCAAAGCUCGAUGCAGGGGUUGUUGGAGAUGCUCAAGAUUUUUCCAGAGGAAGUGCGGAGCUCGAAAGUACUACUUGACACACACAGUUACACGACAUGAUCUUCAAUGGAUGCCAUUUCAGCUGCACUUCUUUAAUAUUAUAAUCUCUUAUAAACUCUUACAAACGCGACAUGAAUGAUCCUCGUCUCCCUUUUCACCAUUCACCAUUUAACCUCUUUUUUUCCCUCAGGUCAGCGUCGAUCAAGAGCAGCGGAUGCGAUUGAUAAAUAACCUGCUGAUGUCGCAGGAACAAGUCUUUGAUGCCUUGGCGUCUAGUGAAAGCGACAAUUUCCUCAAACUACAAGCCGCAGAACAAUGGCUCUCUCUGCCUACGCCACAAGUCAUAGCCUCAAAGGAGGCUGGGGCGAGGUUUACAGCGGAGAUCAUCAAGAGGAAGGUGCUUUAGUACCUUCUUAGACCUGUCGAGGACCUGAUGAAUAUGUGUUCACUUUGUAUAGACUUAUCGUGCUAGGAACAUUAUUGCCUUAAAUACAAGAAUCACUCCACGCAUAUCUCUAGAAAAAUUGCGUUUUUCGCCAACAAAAACAACACAGUGUUACGAGCAUCCGCUUUUGAAGCUCGCAGCACAAAGCUUAGCCAGCGACAGUGUCGAAGUCGGAGAGGCGGCUUGCGGGACGCUGAUUGCCUUAAUUGGCCUCACAAACGAAUACAACGACAUGACGGCACCUGCAGUUGAGCUAGUCGCUCGCAGUUGCAUCAAUCUAGCCAACAUCCUCAGUCCCGCAGUCGACGGCAAUGGUUGGCUCCCUUACUUAAGGCUCAACUUUCAAUGGUCAUUGGGGUUGGUCACUGAGAUCGAAGAGGCGACCCCUUGAGAGAACAGGGGAAAACGAAGGAAAAGGGGAGAGCUUUGAAGGAGUCAGUGACCAAUGAAUGCUGAGCUUUAACUUACGGCCCAACUUCUCCGAAUGUGGAUGCGACAGUAGUGCGUAUGAACUUCGUCGCAAGGAUUUUGACGGAACUAGGUCCCCACUUUUUUCGAGCUCUAGUGGCAAACUCGACGUCGGGGAAGACACCGCCAGCCACCGGAGAACGACCCUGGACAGACGCAUUGGCGGAUGUGGCGUUGCAUUGGUUAACUAUUCGACAGGUAAUGCAUUGGUUAACUAUUCACCAAGAAUAUUAAGUCCUUCUUUUCUAGUACCACGUCGACCGUGGAUAUCAGUUUAUUAAACUACUGAAAUUCUACGUGCGUAUUGAAAUAGAAAUCUACUUGAGUAUCUAUAUUAAUACGUAGUUUUCAACUUCAAUGCUUGCGCAUUGAAGUUGAAUUCUACUCACGUUAGAAUUUCUACAAUCAGUUUAGAGAAGAAUUCUACGUGGAUAUCAGUCUAAAGAAGAAUUCUACUUGAGUAUUGAAGUUUCAAGAAGAAUUCUACGUGGAUAUCAGUACCUGCACGAUAUUAAUCACCUCCAGGUCGACAUCGCCCGCGGCGGCCUAGAGUUUUGGUACGGAACCAUAGUCGCACAGCAAAACGAAGCUGGUUCAGAAAACAAGGAGAUCCUACAUCCCUUUUUCGAACGGUUUACCUUUGCGUGCCUCAAGUGCACUAGGUACCCAGCUGUUCCAGAAGCACACGAGGGCUUUGAAACAGACCACUUCGUCCGAUUCCGAGAGCAGUGUAACCAGUGUCUGACCGAUGCUGUGGUGUCGAUAUUACCAGUAAGUUGGGUCAUUCACGUAGUUGGCGACCACAUAUCGACACUGCACGAGUGGAACGAUCUUGACGCAGCGCUGUUCAUCCUGACGGGAGUGGCUCCAAGUACUCGAAAACUGAAAAUAACCGAGUUACUGACUGAAAUAAGGGAGGUAGCUUUGACAGGGCUACCCUUCCUUGUUCAGUGAGCAUCUCGCUUAUUUUAAGUAGUUACUCGCUUAUUUCAGUUUUUCGAAUACCACUUUUUCGUUGUUUUGUCCUAGUUUUUUGGAACUACGAAGUGAAUCGAUGAGUUUGCGUCUAAAGUUCCUGCUUGGUCAUUCACAUUUUCGUUUUCCACCUCAUUGCAAAUCCCUCUCAGGAGCACGAGCGGGCCAAGACAACGUAAUCCCGAAGUUGAUAGAUCAAAUACCGAAUUUCAACUACCCCACUUCUGGACUUCCAGCACUCAUACUGCGGAUAUCAGCAGGCCGGCUCAUUCUUUACACUGCCGGCUAUUUAGCCUUUAAGGAGCAAGCGCUAGUGCCCACGCUCAACUUCUUGCUUGGUAUUGAUUACAUUCUCUAGACUCUGAAUUUUCUUGCUUGCGCACAGUGGUAAUCAAUUAUGCGAACUACUUGACACAAGUCAAUUGAGUUGAAUUAUCAUUAUUGUCUCUUUUAUAUCUUCCUCUGGUCUGUCUUUUUUCUAGUUAGGUCGGCUCCACCACAAUUAUUGUCUACUAUGCAUCCGGGAUCCCUCACUGAAACUACCUGCCCCAGGUUCUCUCCUCCCAUCCCUCCCGAAGAUCGAGUGCAGUGACAAAGACUUGAAACAGUAUAGUCAAGCAAUUUGCACAGACGCCUUGCGCAGCACGACCCAAGCCGCCAAAGAGAAACUCCUUGAAAUUGAUAACGGCAAAUUCUGGCCAAUAGUGAUCAACCAAAUCGUAGAACUGGUUGUCAACGGAGGCUUUCACGCUGACGUGAGGCCACAGAUGGUCUUUCCAGUCGGACACAUCAUUGGAGCAAUGAAGGAUCACGCUCUGCUGGAGCAAACUCUAGUUAAGGCUUGCCGUAAUUCAUCUUAAGAGGCAUCUUUGGGCACGAUUUAAAGGGGAAUUCACUUCAAAGAUGCACUUGUUUAAGAUGAAUACGGAUAAGGUCUAAUCUAGGACAGUUUGUCUCAAAACUAGAGCCACAAUACGACAUAACGACCUACGUGUCGAGAGAAGGCAAAGGCCCGCCAGAAUUGAAGCUGUAUCUGGCAGGAUUGAGUUGCUGCUACGAUAUCAAGGUAGUUUUUCUACUUUUUUUUCGCGGUUGUUGUGUUGGCAUUGAUAGGGCUUUUGAAUUCGUCACGUCACCUCACACAGGUAAAGAUCGAGGAACAAGCUGAUCGUGAUAAUGAUUUUUCAGCAAGUACGUAGAGAAUAGAAUUUUGAUUCCUCCACCAACGUCUCUCAGAUACCCGAUCCCCAGCCUUUACCAGACGGCACAAUGGGACCCUUGCAGAGGCAUCCAGUGUUGAGCUUCUGGGAAUCACAAUGGGAGAGGAUAGAGAAAUUGACUGAACUGGCUGUAGAGCGGGACUGGGAGGAUUACGUAGAACAAUUCUGCUUGUCUCUGACCUUUAUCUUCACGUCAGCGCAGCAACACGCAGUCAACUCGCCGCUGUUGAUCAAGAUUACGAAUGGAUUUGUGAGAAAGUAGCGUAGGCGGAUACUGUUUCCAAAAGAUAUUGAUGCUUAUCUCUCUGCUAGUUUGUAGUCUAGUACUGGAUUCAAGUAUAAUCAUCUUAAUCUUUAGUACUGAUGAACAGACCUCCCACUGAUUAAAAAAAGCAAGCAGCUUCUUGUUCCUAGCGUAGUACAGACCCCUUUCAUUCUUCGUUUGAGCUUAUUGGGCCGUGCCGCAGAGCACAAACCUAGCGUGCAUUACUAUUUACUCGCGAGACAAGUGAUGGGUCUCUUCGCACCUCACGGCCAGAGGGAGAUGGAUGAGCAGUUAGUAAUGUUCUUGGGUGUAUUUGCGCAGCCUGUAGCGCGAUUAUCUCAGCAGAAAAAGUGUCCUCCGGAGAUCUCAGCAGCAUGUUUCGAAAUGCUUGGUGAUGCGUUGAGGUGGUCGAACUUGGCGAAUGGUAAGACUUUCUUGUAGGUAGAUACUUGUCCUCGGGCUUUGAAGUUAUUGAUUAUGUCGAAUGGCUUGCGAGCUGGGGAAGGGCUUUGUUGCUACGCUUGCGUGCAUCGUCGCGCUGUGCUGCUUAGUUACGGCGUCACGCUUUCCACCGGAACGGCGGCGGGAGCGCCGACGAAGCGCGCCAGCUGGGCGAGUGGGGCCUUGUUGCCGCUCGCGCUCCUCGUUGGCGGUCUUGUUUGUUGUUGACCCAGGGCCCCCGCGCCUUGACCGGGUUGCCGGCGUGUGUCUGUUGGCGGUGAUCGUGGUCGGCAGCGGGGGUGGCCACUGGCUUCUGCGUCUCCUGUCGCGUCUGUCCAUUUGUUUGGGGAAAUAGUCCGGUGCACUGUCGGCGGCUUCUUGGUGUGAGGCUGGGGCAAUCCAAACGGGGGACAGCGCCACGCAUAAAGAAGAGGGCCGCGGCUCGUGGGGGGUGCGCUUGUUCUGGUUUGCUUGUGUGCUUUAUUUUCCCACUCACUUGCAUUGCUUCGUGACGUGAUGGCCCAGUGAGAGGGAAGGCGGCGCUGGUGUUGGUGGUGAUGGCUUGUGGCCUGAAGCACCAAAGGAAAUCAUGUAUGAGAGAAAAACGAAGAAACUUUAUCUCACCAACCUACCACUACUUUUUCAAACUCUGCUCAUUCAGGUGCCCUCCAAUCUUCCUGGCUUUCUUCUGUCUUUGACGCUGCUUUAGACUUUUUGAAUUCGGGGCUCGAAAUCGCCACUCAUGAACAAGCGCUGACAGCGGCACUGCGGUUUUUCUGCUCUUUCUUGCGCUGGGCUAGUGAGGGACCAGAAGUCGUCAAAUAUGCCAAGCCCCUAUGGGAAGGCGAGCAAAGGAUCGCCUCGUUGACCUCUGCCCUUCUGACGCUCUUGGCUAGAUGCGCAGACAAUCCGAAAGCAACAACAGUUGGCGGUGUAGCAGAAGUGAUAAGACCAAUGCUCAUGGGGCCCAUGGAGUUUGAAGCGAAACAGUACUUUCAUUUACAAAACUUGGUAGAGAGUUUGCCUGUUUCUGUUUGUUCAAUUCAACCUGCAACUUUACACUGCGAUUCUGAUCUCAUCAUGAUCCUAGUCUUCAGUCACUAAGCACCGACUAGUAAACCUAGCAAUCCAUGCAGAUCUCAUACAUGCUACUACUCCACGCACCUUCCAUUGCAUCUUCAAGGUGUCUCCGUGAGGGCUUCCAGAAGUUACCACCGCCAUUGCAGAAAACGCCUGCUGAGGCAUCCAAACUGGUAGAGACCAUGGCUAUUGGCAAGGUGGAUCAGAAGCGAUUUCACAAAAUCCUCUACGACAUCGCUGACAAUUUUCAUGCCACUGUGAAGAGAGCUGGAAGCUAAAUCUGGAAUUGAGUUAUCGCUGGCGUUGCGGUUGAUUCAAGAUGAUCUACUUCUAAACAGCUCAGUAGAACAAGAAGGGUCACGACAGAAGGAGCAAGUAAGAUCUACGUCUGAAAAAUCUAAACAGUUGUUCAGUAGAAAGGCAUGUUGUAGUUCCUUUCGCCUACUAAUUCCUUUUAUGACUGCUCAAUUGAAUACAUUGUUCACUACAAGUACAAACAAGUUACAUCUCAAGCCACGACUGCUAUUGGAAUGAUUUCUCAGUAACUGACUUCUCAAAGCUGCGCAGGGAGGCAAAAAGGCCUCAACGGUUAUCGUAUAAAUGAAACAGUUUUAGGAGUAUUUUUUUUAGAUCCCGAUGAACGAAGACAAACAUUAUAAGUUCACAAGUCUACGACGAGGAGACGUGAUUGUAGAAGUCUUCUUGUUUGGGACUGAAGAGAUCACCCAGAUACAUAUGUAUCAAAGAGACGACUCGUCCCCCACCACGACAACAAGACUUGUCCCUUUUAUAACACGACAGGAAAGUAGACACCAAUUUUUGCCGCCUUAUUCCCAAGAAAAAUUCUUCUGUACCUGUAGCCAAAAAAAUAUAACGUUUUUACCAUGCGACUCGGAAACGGAAUUUUUCCGAGAGAUGAUGAGAAGACA